AUGCAUUUCCCUACUGAUUCUGAUAGGCUUGCCCGUGGGGAUAAGACUUCUCCAGAGGAAUAUGAAUACUCCAGUGAUGGAGAAUCCGAGGUAGAACCAGCUCAAGAAGACCACGAUACUCUCAGCGACACAGACAUCGAUAACGCUAGUGAUGAAGGCGACAAGGAUCGAUACACGAGCACCUCCUGCAAGGAAACUUUAGCCAAAUUUUGGGCAAUUGCAAAGAAGUUGAGGUAUUCACCGAAUUCAAAAGCCGAGUUUGUCGAAACCUGUCGGGACAAAGAGUGUGCUACCCCACACAUGGUCGAACGAGACGUACGUACUCAAUGGAAUUCAACGGCUGCUCAACUGAGAAGUGUCAUCAGAUGUGAGGCUGCAAUUCUGGAGUGGCAGCGUCAUAAAAGGCAUGGUAUGAAACGCAAGUACUUUGUGGACCAGAACGACUUUGACUUGGCGCGCGAUCUGGUUGAAGUACUUGACUUAUUCCAUGAAAUAACGUUGCAAAUCUCUACGGCCGGGUCGACUCAAAUAUCAAAUGUUGUUGUCUUCAUCGAUCAAAUCACUGAUCAUCUGUCAACUGCAAUUAUCAACCCCGAUUAUCCUCCAGCAUUGAGGAAUGCCUGCCGAUCUGGAUUGAAGAUUACCAACAAGUAUUAUAGCCUGACCGAUGCCUCCCCUCUUUACCGAAUUGCAAUAUUUAGGGAUGAGUAA